AUGUACGCAGUCAGCAAUAUUGCAAGUGGAAACGAGUUUCAUAAAGAAGCCAUAAUGCAGAUGAUCUUUCCACAAGCAGAAAGUGGACCUCAGUCAUUCUUGAGUCAGUAUUUGCAGAGUAAUGACAGCCGUCUACGCACAUCUGCUGCUUGGAUCAUAGUAAAUCUCACUGCUCCUGCAAGCCCCGGUGCAUUUGGCCGGAUUGCAAAACUGCGCAAUUUUGGCCUUGUUGCUCAAAUCAAGAGGAUGGCCAGUGACCCUUGCAUGGAUGUUAAGCUUCGAGCACGAGUUGCACUUGGGCAGAUUAUUUCUUUUGGUGAUAGUUAA